UUUUUUUUUUUUUUUUUUUUUUUUUUUUUUUAACUUUUUUCUUUUCUUUUGCAUCACCGUGGGAUAUCUCUCUCAGAAUAUAGCGGAGUCAGGGCUGGUGGAGUCGGAAUAUGGGAAACGGACACGUCCUUUUAUCUCCCUUGCGUUUGAUAUAAGAUUACUACUUCUCUCAACGUCUCGCCGACCAUACAACGGCUAGACAGGGGAACUGUUUACAACAACGCUAUGGCGAAGCUUAUACCAAAUUACGAUGCAAUGCACCCUUCAUCUAGAUUCUUCAGUAUGAAGAAAAACACGAUAUAGAGGCUCUAAGUACUUCUGGUACCUUAUAAUACUAGGGGCUUAUGGGAAGGACGACUGGGGCGUUUGGAGAGGGCGUUUUUUUUUUACCCAAUGGAUUGUUUGGAUUGUUCGUUCGGUGUGGUCCGAUGUUCGACCACUGGGAUCUGGAAAAAAAGUUGGAUUUUUGUUUGAACGGGGGAUCUGAAGGGUUAUAUAUGAGAUUUACGCAUCCAUAUGAGGCUGAGGUGGCUGUUGUCCUUUUUUUUUUUUUUUUCCUUCCAUUCACUUUUGCAUAUUACUUGAUAGUCUUGUAAUAGAGUGUAAAUGUGACGUUGAUUACUCUGCUACUUGUGUGUGC